GCAUCAAGUCGAACAAGCCUAGUAUACGGGAGCAUUUUAAUCGCCUUGCCAAUCGCACAACGUCAUGUUGUCUACGUAGGUAGCACACACAGUUCCGAAACAUCGUGAGACUUCCGGUGAGUGGUGCGUGGCUGUAAGCGAGUAGCGGCUUUGAUUGCGUUCAGCGGUUGUUGCGGCAGCGAGCGCACACGGACAGACGCUCGUCGGACUACUGCAGGGAACUGACAGCAAGCAGAGCCAAAUGAACGCCUUCAUUUCUUUUACCUCCAGCGAUGACAGCACUGAAAUGAUGCAGUAUUUUGAAACUCCGUCCUCAUGAGCCAUGGAUACCGUUCACACGAGAAAAAUUAAGGACUGAAUCCCUGUUACUGAGAGCUCUAGUUUGUAGUCGUUAGCUUAGCUGGCUAGCAGCAGAUUCAUUUCCAUUCCCGGGUGGUGUUUCCCGGGGCCCGUACACCAGCGAUGGGAAUCGUAUUCACAAAGUUAUGGAGGCUUUUUAACCAUCAAGAGCACAAAGUCAUUAUUGUUGGUCUUGACAAUGCGGGAAAGACCACCAUACUUUAUCAGUUCUCAAUGAAUGAGGUGGUGCACACUUCACCCACCAUAGGCAGCAAUGUGGAGGAGAUUGUAGUCAAUAACACACAUUUCCUUAUGUGGGACAUUGGAGGACAGGAAUCUUUGCGUUCGUCUUGGACCACUUACUACACUAACACUGAGUUUGUGAUCGUGGUUGUGGACAGUACAGACAGAGAGAGAAUCUCAGUGACCAAAGAGGAGCUCUAUAGGAUGUUAGCCCAUGAGGAUCUGAAAAAGGCUGGUUUGUUGGUUUUUGCCAACAAACAAGAUGUCAAGGAUUGUAUGUCUGUUGCUGAGAUUUCCCAGAGUCUGCAGCUCACCUCUGUGAAAGACCAUCAGUGGCACAUACAGGCCUGUUGUGCCCUCACUGGGGAAGGGCUCUGCCAGGGUCUGGAGUGGAUGAUGUCACGGCUGCGAGUAAGAUGACCUCUGAUUGCAGUGUGCUCCUUCUCUCUCUUUCCCACCGGCGUGGAGGCCGGUUGUCGCUCACUGUGAAGGUGACUUAGCGACGUCACCAGAACUUGAUUAAUUUAUUACAGAUUAUGGAGAACUAUGAACAAACAAUCCACAACUAACUACAGUAACUGAAAUAUGUCAGGACUCGCAAAACCCAGUGUUUUUUGCAGUUGAAUAAGGCAGCACAGACCUAAGAUGACUUGUCUCUAGUUGAACAAAUCUCUGUCUGGAGUGGCCUUGCUGCUUUGCCCAGGUACCUGACAUGGUGUUACCCAGUGUGUACAGUCCAGUAUUUUCUUUUACUCUGUGCCUGUGCCUGACUCUGUCUCCUCUGGGCUGAGGAGACACUGUAACAUGCAAAGAGAGACUGCACUCAUGUAAAAUACACUUAAAUAAAUAAAGUGUUUUUAUCUGUUA